AAAGGCAUUCCAUCAUCUUUCUCUCAAGUUGCCGUCCUGAAAGUGGCAAAGAGGGGAAGCUCUUGGUGGUCCCUCUGCCCCUUUCCGCUUUUUUUUUUUUCUUUUGCUCUUCAAAACAAAAGUGUGCCGGUCUGGGGGCUCUGCAGGUAGCGCGAUUUCCCCUCCGUGGCGGGGUGAAAGGUCUCGGCGUGGGCUCUGUGUGCAGUGGAGUCUCCCCGAGCAUUUGAAGGUUGGCGGGGCCGGCGGGAGGUUUCCCCGGAUAUGUGGGUGUGCGCCUCUCCGGAGGGGAGGGCCGGGGAGGGGAGGAGGAGGAAGGGGGAGGUUACUGGCGGCGGCGGCGGCGGCCCGGGCUCGGGCUGUCGGGGAAGCUGCUGAGCUGUGAUGGUGAUGACGAGGUGAAAAUGGCGGAUCUUUCGAAAUACAAUCCCGGCCCCUGACAUACCAGAGGCGGCGGCCGCGGCGGCGUCGCCACCCGGGACUCCGUCCGCGGCCCCCGGGUUCCCCAGUAGCGUUCCAGGUCCGGCAGACGAGGGGAGGAAGCGGCUGGCCGGAGCCACCGUGCACACGCAGAAGCAGCACCGCCCGGGCUCGGGAUUGCCCGGGACCUUCUGGAGCCCCCACCUCGGAGCCGGAGGGAGGAGAAAGCGGCCGCCGCCGGAGCACCUGAUCAACUUUCUCGAAGGAGAACGAUCAUGGAGGUGGUGCCAGCUGAGGUGAAUAGUUUGCUUCCAGAGGAGAUAAUGGACACUGGUAUAACUUUAGUGGAUGAUGAUAGUAUUGAGGCUGUUAUUGUUUCAUCCCCAAUUCCCAUGGAGACAGAACUGGAAGAAAUUGUCAACAUAAAUUCUACUGGUGACUCUACAGCCACGCCCAUUUCCACGGAACCAAUCACAGUGUACAGUAACCACACUAACCAAGUUGCAGUGAACACCACAAUCACUAAAGCAGAUUCUAACACCACAGUGAAACCAGCUUUUCCAAGUGGCCUUCAAAAACUUGGUGCUCAGACUCCUGUGACUAUAUCAGCCAAUCAGAUUAUUUUAAACAAAGUAUCACAGACAUCUGAUCUUAAACUUGGCAAUCAGACCCUUAAACCAGAUGGACAGAAGUUAAUUUUAACAACUUUGGGCAAGUCUGGUUCACCAAUUGUUUUAGCACUACCCCAUAGCCAACCCCAGGCUCAGAAAGUUACAACUCAGGCCCAGUCAGGAGAUGCUAAGUUACCACCGCAGCAAAUUAAAGUAGUUACCAUUGGAGGGAGGCCAGAGGUGAAACCUGUCAUUGGUGUCUCAGCAUUGACCCCAGGAAGUCAACUGCUUAAUACUACAACUCAGCCCUCUGUGUUACAGACCCAACAGUUAAAAACAGUACAGAUUGCUAAGAAGCCUCGAACACCAACCUCUGGUCCGGUAAUCACGAAGCUGAUCUUUGCAAAACCAAUUAAUAGUAAAGCAGUUACAGGACAGACAACUCAAGUAUCACCACCAGUCAUUGCAGGUAGGGUUCUUUCACAGUCUACUCCGGGGACUCCAUCAAAGACCAUAACAAUAUCUGAAAGUGGUGUUAUUGGAUCAACUUUAAAUUCUACAACACAGACACCAAAUAAAAUAGCCAUCUCACCUUUGAAAUCGCCAAAUAAGGCAGUGAAAUCAACUGUGCAGACCAUCACUGUUGGAGGCGUGAGCACAUCACAGUUUAAGACAAUUAUUCCUCUGGCAACUGCUCCCAAUGUCCAGCAGAUUCAAGUGCCUGGAAGCAAGUUUCAUUAUGUCCGACUUGUUACUGCCACAACAGCCAGUAGCUCCACCCAGCCAGUUAGUCAGAACCCCAGUACAAACACUCAGCCUCUCCAGCAAGCAAAACCAGUUGUUGUUAACACCACCCCGGUGCGGAUGUCCGUCCCACUUGUCUCAGCGCAGACAGUCAAACAAGUCGUUCCAAAACCAAUCAAUCCAACUUCUCAGAUAGUCACCACCAGCCAGCCACAGCAGCGGCUCAUCAUGCCUGCCACCCCACUGCCACAAAUCCAGCCAAACCUCACGAACCUGCCACCAGGCACUGUGCUGGCCCCAGCUCCAGGAACAGGGAACGUGGGCUACGCAGUGCUUCCUGCUCAGUACGUGACUCAGCUACAGCAGUCUUCCUAUGUGUCUAUAGCAAGCAACUCUAACUUUACUGGAACACCUGGUAUCCAGACCCAGGCAAGGCUUCCAUUCAAUGGCAUAAUCCCAUCAGAGUCUGCCAGUCGGCCCAGAAAGCCCUGUAAUUGUACAAAAUCGCUGUGUUUAAAAUUAUACUGUGAUUGCUUUGCAAAUGGUGAAUUUUGCAACAACUGCAAUUGUACUAAUUGUUAUAAUAACUUGGAACAUGAAAAUGAAAGGCAAAAAGCAAUAAAGGCAUGCCUUGACAGAAAUCCAGAAGCUUUUAAGCCUAAGAUAGGGAAAGGGAAGGAGGGAGAAUCUGAUCGACGUCACAGCAAAGGAUGUAAUUGCAAACGAUCAGGAUGUCUUAAGAACUACUGUGAAUGCUAUGAGGCAAAAAUAAUGUGUUCCUCAAUAUGCAAGUGUAUUGGCUGUAAGAAUUUUGAAGAAAGCCCAGAAAGAAAGACGCUGAUGCACUUGGCAGAUGCAGCUGAAGUUAGGGUGCAGCAGCAAACAGCCGCGAAGACCAAGUUAUCCUCUCAGAUUUCAGACUUGCUUACCAGGCCAGCACCAGCUUUGAAUAGCGGAGGAGGGAAGUUGCCAUUUACGUUUGUUACUAAGGAAGUAGCUGAAGCCACGUGUAAUUGCCUUCUUGCCCAGGCGGAGCAGGCAGACAAGAAGGGAAAAUCAAAGGCAGCUGCUGAACGGAUGAUACUUGAGGAAUUUGGGCGAUGCUUAAUGAGCGUCAUCAACUCUGCAGGAAAAGCAAAAAGUGACCCUUGUGCCAUGAAUUGCUAACUCUUGCACAAAAAACUGCUAAGAUGGAACUGUACAGAAAAUUGAAGGUGCAGGGACACUUGAUUUUUCUGGAAAUAGCUUGACAAUUAUUGUAUUGUUAAUUCAGUCCUUGAGACCUGAAAUUAUAUUGACGGAGAAGAAAUUUUAAAUGAGGAAAUUAGUAUAUUUUAAAUCUUGGUUAAAUCUGCUUAUGCCCCUUCUAAAUUGAAUUUUUCUUCAUUGUGUUAUAUAGAUUUUUAAUUUGCUUGGGUUUCUUAAGAACUAGAUGUUCUAUCCUUCUGAUUCUAUUGACAAAGAACAUUUAUAAAUUACUAUUAUAUAAUUUAUAAUGUAUGGCGUUGUAUGACUUUAUUCCAGUACAAAAAGCCAGAGUAGUACUGGUAUUACCCAGUCAUUCUUUGGUACUAGCAGAUAGAAUGUCUAUAUAAACAAAUUCUUAUGAAACAUAUUCAAAUGACAUUUUAUGUUUAGAAAAGCACUAUCUUUUUAAGAAAAAUCAACUUUUUAGGGUGAAUCCUGGAAUAAUACCCUAUUGUCAACUUUGGGAAUUGUCAGAAGGGGAAAUAAUUUGUAGGCACACUUUUAAAAUAAAAAAGUUAUUUUGCUUUUUUAAAAAACAUAAAAGUGUUACAGGACAGAAAAUAAUUCUCAAAAGAUGGACAAUUUGUUUCUACAAUAAGGAGUGACUAAGAAAGGUUCUGAGAUGUUUCCCUUUUCUUUCAGAGAGGUGGUAUGUAUUUGAAAUAAUAAAUUGUCAGUGAUUAAGGGGUACUAUUAAAAUGAACGGUGCAUAUGAAUAGAAGCAAACAUACUAUGUAGUGAUAAAGUAGAACCUUACAUAAUUAUCAGGUAUGAAAUUUGACUUGGAUAGAGAAAUAAAGGGUAUUGAAGCUCUAAGAGAUGAAUUUAGAGGAGGAUUUUUCAUCUAUACAUACAGUUCUCUUUAUAGACUUUUGAACUAAGAGGUUUCAAACCAAUGUAUGGCUCUUACUUGAUUUACUGAAAGGGGCCUCCUAACAAAGCUUUCAGAAUUAUAGUGGGGUUUCUUUUUAUAAGGGAAGCUUAAUAUGGCAUUAUUUUUAGCCAGUGAUUUGGUAAGCCUACAGUAUGAGUGUUUUCAUAUAAUUACUAAAAUAACAUAAAUCAUUUUCAAUAAUUCAGAAUUCAGAAGCUUUAUGAAUUUAAGAGCCCAUUAUAAUAGGACUCUGGAUUUUAUGAGAAAAGACCAUGUUGGAAUUCAGGCAUUUUGUUUGGUACCUUAAUCCUCAGUAAUUAGUAGUAUAUGAUUAUUACAUUUCCUACAAGGAAUCUAUAGUUGUAUGUAUUAAGUGUGUAUAUAUGUUCAUAUGAACAUGCAAGAUAUAGGCAAUAGAAACUAAGUAAUCCAAAAGAAGAUUCCGUUAUUAAGUAUCUUCCUUUUGAAAUUUGGAUUUAUAAAGUCAUAGUGCAGUAACUUUACAUGUAGAUAGUGUAGACAUUGUUAGCACCUCACUCUAGUAUGUUUAAUUAAAAUUUGUAUAAAUGUAAAUUAGUGUAAGAGGAUAAAGUAAUAUCUAAUCAAGUUAUUUUUCAAAAGAUUACAAUACCUUUUUGGUCUACACCUAAACUGUUCAUUUUGUACAUAUUCUGUGUUUAAUUCUAAUUGCACCUUUGUGAUGUGUAUUUAUAUACAGUGUGCAUAAAAUGUUUGUGAAAUUUGGAUUACAAUUGUAGAUUAUGUAUGAUGGCAUUGCUUGAGAAUGUUUUGCUUGUAAAAAUUUGAAGGUGCAAUCAAAUGCUACUAGUUUUUCUGAUUUUCAAGAAGCUAUCUAAAGUAUUAAGCCUUUUCCUUCCUGUGUAGUACUUACUAAACAACUUUUUGUAUUUAGGCAUUUGCAUCAAAUUGCUGAACAAGAUUAAUAUCCACAUUAAUUCAACAAUUUUAAAAGACUAUUUGGGGAGGGUUGGGUAUAUAAUUUUUUAGCUCUAUUUACAUCCCAAAAUAGAAAGAUAAAAUUUAUAUUUACUAGAGCUAUUCAAAGAAUACACUUUUCUAUAUUGUAAAAACAGGAACAGCAAAGUAAAUCAUACAGAAAAUAAACAUUUAUACUAUUCUGUAAAAAAAA